GUAAAAAGGUGGAGAUUCUCACCGUCUCGCUUUUGUCGAGUGAUGAGCUGUGAGGCCUGCGAGAAGAGAGGGACGCUCGGCAGAGUCAGAGGACGAGGAGGAAGAGGAAAGAGAGAAACCAGGGGAAGGGCAAGUGGAAGAGGAGUAUCGAAUUACGAAUUGGACUCGAACGGGUCGAAAUCGAGAUAUAUGUUUAUCCUCUUGACAGGGAUUGCAAGAGGAAGAGGACUCUCCUGCCUUCAUGGGAUUCUACCAUGCCCAGCGUCGUUUUCGAGUUACUUCUGUCAUCCGGGAGUGAUAUUAUCGGUUGGUGGCUGAUCGGUUCGCCUCUUUCUCCUAUCUUGAUCCCCGCAACAUGUGGUCGUCUUUCUGGAGGAGCCGGAACCGGUUGUCGAUCGAUCAAUUCAGAUAUCUCAUUGAGCAGUUGCAGAAGAUCCAAUUUGUCAAUGAGGUUAAUAAGGAUUUUGUGAUCGAGGCUCUUAGGACAAUCUCUGAAUUAGUGACUUACGGUGACCAGCAUGAUCCUGCCUUUUUUGAAUUUUUCAUGGAGAAGCAAGUCAUGGGUGAGUUUGUGCGUAUACUCAAAGCUAGUCAAACCAUGAGUGUUGCCCUCCAAUUGCUUCAGACUCUCAGUAUAAUGAUUCAAAAUUUGAAAAGUGAACAUGCUAUUUAUUAUAUUUUCAGUAAUGAGCACAUAAAUUCUCUGAUUACAUAUCCUUUUGAUUUCCGUAACGAAGAGCUUCUUUCAUAUUACAUUUCCUUUCUGAGGGCGAUCAGUGGAAAACUGGACAAGAAUACCAUCUCAUUGCUUGUGAAGACAGACAAUGAUGAAGUAGUUUCUUUCCCGCUAUAUACAGAAGCAAUAAAAUUUGCUUUUCAUGAGGAGAAUAUGGUCCGCAUUGCUGUUUGCGCUUUGACACUAAAUGUCUACCAUGUUGGAGACGAACAUGUGAACAGAUACAUCACAGGACCAGCUGUGGGAAAUUAUUUUUCUGAUUUUGUCACCUACUUUAGGAAGCAAUGCAUCAAAUUGGAUAAAUGGGUCUCUGAAGCUUCUAGGGAUCCUGGAUGUACUCGUGCAACUUCUAAUAUUAAUUCUGCAGUUGAUGAAAUUGAAGACAACUUAUACUACUUCAGUGACAUUAUUUCAUCGGGUGUUCCCAAUUUGGAUAGGUUAAUAACAGAUAAUAUAUUGCAGCUUUUGGUAUUUCCAUUAUUUCUGCCUUCUAUUAAGAUGGAUUUUACUGAUGAGACAACUAUUGGCACUACAACAUCUUUGUUUCUACUUUGUUGUAUCUUGCGAAUAGUCAAAACUAAAGACUUAGCUAGUGGAAUAGGUGCUGCACUUUUCUGUCCACCUGAAGUUUUCGUUCAAAAGUUGGACCCAAGAUCCAAUGGUGAUGCAUGUGAUUUUCAGACGUUCCAUGAGAACUUAAAGCCAAAGCAAGAAUCUCUUUAUGGAGAGAAAGGCAUAGAAUGUUCAAAAAAUACCGUACAGAAUAUUUCUUCUGCUCAUAUUGGUUCAGCUGAAGAAUUUUUCUUGCAUCACAAUUGUAGUGCAAGAAAUCUGGCUUUGAGGGAGAUACUGCUAUCCUAUAUCAUCGAUGGUGAGGAGGUGCAGGUCCUUGGUUCUUUGAGUGUAUUAGCUACCUUAUUGCAAACAAAAGAACUGGAUGAAUCAAUGCUGGAUGCACUUGGAAUUCUCCCCCAAAGACAGCAACAUAAGAAACUUUUGCUACAAGCCUUGGUGGGUGAAUCCUCUGGUGAAGAGCAGCUAUUUUCAUCAGGAAUUAAUUCAUUGAAGGAUGGCAUCAGCAGUGAACUUGACAUGUACCUGCAAAAACUCAAGGAUGAAUAUGGUCUAUCUUCUUCAACUAUGGACCCCGAAAUAAGUCCACAAAAGCAUCGAUAUCAGGUGCUUGAUGCAUUAGUGCAUCUUCUUUUCAAUAGAUCAAACAUUUCUGCUGAGACGUUGUGGCAUGCUGGAUGGCUCUUGCGUCAGUUGCUUCCUUCUGGUGAACAAGAAUUUAAAAAUGAGCACCUAAAACUUCUCCAGGACUCAUAUGAAAAAUGCUCUAAUAAUGUACUUAAUGAAGUCAAAGGUUGCUGGUGUGACUUGCUUAUUGCAAUCAUUAUAGAAGAGUGGAAAAACUGUAAAAAGGCAAUUGAGGCUUCAUCCUUACAGAAAGAUCUCAAGAGUAUUAUCAUGCCUCACCAGUAUAUCUCCUCUGAUGAAGAUGACUCCUCUUCUGCUGCUGGCGGGAGGAUGUGCGAAACAAUAAAGGUGUUUGUACUUCAUCAUCAACUGCAAAUCUUAUCUCAUGGAGGAACUUUGCCUGAACAACCUCGGGUCGGGACUCCAAGAAAUGUCAACAUGGAAACAAGAGCAAAAAGAUCUGGCCUGGGUGUUAUUAGCCCAAAUCCAGGCACUGAAAUAAAUCUGGUGGAUGCAAUGCCUUGUAGAAUCUCAUUUGAAAGAGGCAAAGAGCGCCACUUUUUUUUCUUGGCCACUUCGACGGGAAUGUUAGGAUGGGUCCUUCUUGCAGAAGAGUUACCUCUCAAGCCGCAGCAUGGAGUUGUUCGCGUUGCAGCACCAUUAGCUGGGUCAAAUCCCAAAAUUGACGGUAAACAUCCCAGGUGGUUACACUUGCGGAUCCGUCCCUCUAGGUUACACUCCAAGGGGCAGCCGAAGUUGGAAAACCUUGGGAUGGUGAAGACGAGACCAAUGAUGGAUGGAAGAUGGACUCUUGCUUUCAGAGACGAGCAAUCUUGUAAAGACGCAGAAGCUAUGGUACUUGAGGAGAUGCAUCUGCAAAGCAAAGAAGUGGAAACGAGACUAAAACCGUUAUUGAACUUUGACAGCCCCACUUCUCAAGAUGCAGCCAUUGUGAGCUUGGAUCCCUCUGGCACGACAUCUCUUCCAUUGUAGAUAUUGAUAUUUUCAGCGCUCCUCUUUUCAUGUCUCCAGUAUAUCCUCCUGAAUAAAGUUAUAGACAGACGCAAGAAACAAAAACAAAAGUUAGGGGUGCAAGAGACUGGUUUUGGGAUGCAUGGUGUCCUGCAUCCGAGCAGCCACAGCUACCUUCUGUACAUUGCGAGUUCAGUAGGCGAAUGUAGAUCAGAAUGAGUGCAGAUUUUUUUUGUAUAGUAGGUCAGUUGUAUUUUAAAUCUUGUUAUUAUCAGGCAUUCUUUAACAUGCCCAUAUUUGGGCUUCCAUCUGUAGCACCAUCUAAUUUCCUUGUACCGCAACCGUGUGCUUUUCGUGUUGGUCUGAAGAAGGCUAUUGCGUUUCUUUUUCGUUUCUCUA